AGCAGUAGCGUGAGCCGAGCUCAGUGUGUUGUUGUUGUGUGUCCGUGACGGCCGCUCGAAUCUUUUCGGUCCUCCCUUUUUCCCCCCUUUUUCAACCCCUGGUUAUUAUUAUUUAUUUUCAUUUUGCCAUUUUGUUUAUUUCUCUUUUUUUUUUGUCUCUAAAAUUCGGCCCAAUUUCUUUUUUUUUUGAACGGCGUGUGCGCGAACGCCAGGCGAAAAAACAAUUGUUCAUUUUUUUUUUUGCACGAAAGCCUUUGGUGUUUCCACAGUUCAUUUUGCUUCCCCCCUCCCCUUCAGUUCGUGUGCGGACUCGUUCGAACACAUUUUCACACGGCAACAACAACUUUAUUGCGAGAUGUGAUGAAAAUACGAAACAAACAUUUUUUGUCUCGUUCAAUCACGCCGUGUGUGUUGUGUCGAAAACUUGUUUAGUGUUUUGUUUUUUCUGCGGACCUCAUUUUUUGGAAGAUAAAAAAAAAAGACGAUCGAACUUGUUGUUUAUGCUAUUCGAAAAAUUAUUGGUAAGGCGGGAAAAGAAAAAUUUGAAUUCAAAGUGGUUUCAUGUACGAACUGUGUCGCUUUUCGUGCUGUUUUGUGCGUUCGUGCGGGAAGAGCCUGGGACUUCCUCAUUUCUUAUUUGCCGAGCUCAGCUUUUCUUUUCCGUCCACAUCCUGAAAAGACCAACACACGAGACUGGAACACACAUUUUUUCAUCUAGUCUAGUUUUGAAAAAAAAAAAUAAAAUUUGAUUCAUACAAAACUAUUGAAUAAUAAUUGAGGCCGCCAGCGAGUGACCCAAGACCGGCGCCAAAAUAGCAGCCGUCCGCUAUGACAACUCGGAUAUAGCAGCAAGUGCCUACGGUAAAAUGACCAUGGAUGAAUUCCAUCCAUUCAUCGAGGCGCUGCUGCCUCACGUCAAGUCCUUCUCGUACACGUGGUUCAACCUGCAAGCCGCCAAACGCAAGUACUUUAAGAAGCACGAGAAGCGGAUGUCGCUCGAAGAGGAGCGCCGCUGCAAGGAGGAACUUCAGAACGAGAAACCCGAGGUGAAGCAAAAGUGGGCCAGCCGCCUGCUGGGCAAACUGCGCAAAGACAUCACGCAAGAAUGCCGCGAAGAUUUCGUCCUGAGCAUCACGGGCAAGAAGCCGGCCAUGUGCGUCCUCUCCAAUCCCGAUCAAAAGGGCAAAAUGAGACGCAUCGAUUGCCUCAGACAAGCCGAUAAGGUUUGGCGGCUGGAUUUGGUGAUGGUCAUCCUGUUCAAAGCCAUUCCGCUGGAGAGCACGGACGGCGAGCGGCUGGAAAAGUCGCCCGACUGCCUCCAUCCGGGCCUCUGCGUCAAUCCUUAUCAUAUAAACGUCUCGGUCAGAGAAUUGGACCUCUACCUGGCCAACUUCAUCAACAGCCACGGUGCAGAGACGCUGAGCGGAAUCUGUGAUACCGGCGACAAGGUGGACGACGACCGCAACUUGAAAGGAUAUACUCAUAACCCGUACAAUGGAGUCAUCUACAACGACACGAUCUUGGCGACAGGUGUCUUCUCGUCGAAGGAAUUGUGGCGACUCUCCAAAACAGCGUCAAUAAUGCAGGGCUCUAACGGGCUACAGCCGCCGUUGAACGCCAUCAAGAUCGAAGCGCCGUCCUAUUACUGCAACAGUUACACGCCACCGGGUCCCGAUCAUUCGGCCUCGAUGCUCCAAGGAGCUGGCGCUUACAGUCCUCUGUCUCUGCACCGCAACUCGCAGAGUCCGAUCGACCCGCGCGGCGGCAACGGCCACAAGCGGCUGAGGCGGAUGAGCUCGACCGAGGACGACAUGGACGUCGUUUCGUCGCAAGGUGGCACCACGGGAGGGACGUCGUCGAGCAUCAUCAUCCGCGGCGGACAGGGCAGCAACGACAAGACGAUCCCGUCGGCCGCCGAUUUGAGCUACUACGGCCAAAGUCCCAAUUCGCUCUCCAACCAGACAUCGUGGCACUCUGAGAUGGAUCACGGUGCCGGCAAUGCGAGUAAUGUCGGUCAAUCGAUUUCUACCAUCCCCAUCCCAGCCACCUCCUCCACUUCCUCCACAUCUUCCUCCUCUGCGACGUCUUGCAACAACAACAACAACAACAGCGCGACGUCGCCACAGUCGCCACCGUCAGCCUUGUCGUCCGUCUCCAGUUCCGGCGGCUCAAAAACGCUCAAGAUUGAGCCGGGAAGUAACGGCGGAUCGGGCGGUGGCGGCGGGACGGCCCGACCUUCCUCGGCCGACGAGGGCGCCAUCAUCUCUAGUCACGAUGGCCGGCAGCUGGCCAGUCCUCACCACCAUCACCACCAUCACCACCAACAACACCAUCAACACCACCAACAUCAGCAACAUCAUCUGCAAAACAACGGCAGAGACGGUUUGCAGCACGGUUCGGUGGUAUCGUUGGCCGCGUCCAACUACUACGGUCACGAUCAGGGACUGGUGGCGACGCAGCACAGCUCGGGCGGAGGCAACGGUGUCAGCGGCAACGGUGGACCGCACUCACCCGGUAAAUACCAAGAGAACGGGCAUGAUACCUUCUCGGAUUUCGUCACGCUCGUCUGUCAAGAAGCGCAAAACACUCAGAACGCACAGGUUCAAGCGGGAUCAUCGCGUGGUUCGAUGAAGCUUUCUUCUUCCUCUUACUACGCCACUAGCAUGCUACCGCCACCUCCGCCACCGGUAAUGGCUCGUCCGGUGGCCAUCAUCCGCUCAACAGAUAUGACCAACUCUCCACCGCCUUCGGUGACGCCACCACCUCUGGGCGUCGGUGAAAACUCGUCGUCCGGCGGUGGCGGUGGGAAUCGAGGGCCGCCUCUCAGUCCGACGUCGAUUGGAUCCAACGCCGCAUCCGACUCUCAAGUGCUGCAACACGGCCGCGGUGGCAGCGGCGGCGGCGGCUCGAGCUCCGGUGGGCCCGUCUCGUCUGCCGGCUCGUCUUCGUUCGGCUCCGGGCGGGACUACACCUUCUCACACUUGCACGCACAAUCCGGACAGUUAUUCACGUAUACGAACAUUGGACCGGUGGGUGGCAUGUCGGGCGUGAUCAGCCCGACGAAUUUGAGUUUGUUUUCAUCGUCGCCAUCGAGCGGAGGAAGCGGCGGCAACAACCAAUCGCCUCGCACCAUCACGCCCAAUCAGCAGCAUCACUCGAACCAGCAGCAGCAGCAGCAGCAGCAGCGCAACAACGGCGGCGGUGGCAACAACUCAUCGCAACAACAACAACAGCAGCAGUCUGUCUCCCGCUGGAACACGGGCUCUUUUAUCGCCCUCGACGACAACAUGGACUACGGCAUGAUGUCGCCGCUCAUCUCGUCUGCCGGCAAUCAAGUCGUCGACCAGCAAGGACCCAACGGGCCCGGCUCACUUAUGGACGACGGUAUUCAAUAUCUUGCGUCACGCUCUCAUUCACCCACUCGAUUGGCUCCAUAGGCUAUUUCUCUCUCUCUCUCUCUCUCUCUCUCUUUUUCUCACACACACACAUGGAGGGCCUCUCCCCCCCCCCCUCUUAUCUCUCUCUCUCUCUCUCUCUCUGUGUUGAAAUGGAAAAGAAAAAGACAACGAAAAAUAUGCAAACAAACAAAAAAAAAAAAUCGAUAAUAAUGAAAUCGUUACAAAAUGUUUGUUAGAUGUCGAUUUAAAAAAAAAAAAAGAGAGUUGCGUUUAACUAAUUGUAUCAUAGUGAGAAAAGAAAUGAGAGAGAGAGAGAGAUGCAAAAACAUUUUUUUUUCGAAGGCGGACAACGCCCCACUAACCAGGUCGUCUCUGGUUUGUUUUUGUUAAGAAGGGGGGGGGGGGGCGUAAGAAUGUGUUAGUUUUUACAAUGCAGCUAUAUUAUUUAAAUUUUAUAUAAUAUGUAAAACAGGUUUGUUUGUUUUUGUUUUUUCGUAUUAUUUCUACACACAAGAAAAAUGACAACAAUAACCUCCCCCCUCCCCCUUUUUUUGCUCUCGCGUCUCUCACUCACUUAAAAAAGGUUGUGGUGGCUCUCAUUUAAAAAAACAAACAAACAAACAAUUCAUUUUCAAAUUAAAGUGAAUAGUAAUUUAAUUUAACAAUUGAUACAGAAAACUUAUAUUUUAGUGGGGUAUUUUACCUUGUCAUUUUUUUUUUUUUUUUUGUUUAUUAGUCGCAAUUUUUUUAUUUAAAUGACGUUUGAAACAUUGAAUUUAGGGAGACGUAAGCGAAAUGCGAAUGUGUUGCCGUAGGCAAAAUGCAAAGAAGAACUUGUUGAAAAUGUCGCAGCGCCAAACCAAAAUUGAUUUAGUUAUUUGUCGAAAUCAAAUUCUUUCUUGUCAAACAAACAAUGUGCGGAACUUAUUAAGGAAAAAACACACACACACACACAUUUUUAACACACACACACGCGCGCCGUUGUAGGAGCCAAUAAGCGAGUGCCAUUACGAUUUUCUUAGUGAAAAACACAAAGUCGUUGAUUACAAAUUUUCUUCUUUUUUUUUUACGUUUAAUUGGGCCUCAAUGAAUGUUUUAACCACAUUUUUUUUUUAGUCUAUUAUUUAAAAGAAAAAAAAACUCCCUCACCCCAAACAUCCCCCCCCCCUUCAGUUUUGUGCGCGUGCUUCCAACACAACGAAAAAAACAAAAACAAUGAUGUCAAAAUGUUUUAUUGGUUGUAAUCUCUUGCUGAUUUCUUUUAUUUUGUUCUUUUUUUUUUUUGCGAUUUGAAAGAAAGGGGAGGGGGGAUUGUAUGGCGACACACACACACACACACAUAUAACGAUGUUUCGGUUUAUAUUUGCUGUGAUUAGUUUGAACGUCAUCCCGCGUGCAAAAAAGGUUUGAAAUCAGUUUCGUUUCGUCUUUCUAAAUAUUUUUUUUUUUUUUUAAGAGAAAGUCCUUGACGUUUGUGUGUGCGUGUGUGUGUGUCGCUGAAAGAGAGUAAUGAAACACGUAGCAAUAAAAAAAAAAUUUUUUUUUUGUCGUGCUGGAUUGGAAGAAGACAAUAAGAAGAAUAGUGUUGUUGCAUAUAUAGCCUCUUAACAGCAAACCAAUAAAAAUUUAAUAAAAUUUUAGGCCUUCAUGUAAAUGAGAUAUUUAUACAAGAUAGAAGCCAAUCUUCCUUCUCUUUUUUUUUUUUUUUUGACGUUAUUUUAUUCUUUCACUGUUGUCGUUGAUUCUUUUCCAUACCCAACACAAAUUGCAAAAAAACCUUUUUCUGUUUCUUUCUUAUUAAUUAAAAAUAGCCUUACAAUAUCGACGCGCACGGAUUUUUAAAAAUUAAAAACAACACAACACAAUUAAGGAAACAAAAUUCAAAACCAUCACAUUUAAAUAGUAACCAAUGACGAGCAAAUAGAACAUUGAAACAUCCCGUUUAAAUUUGUCAUUUGAAAUCAAAACGCUCAUUUCUUGAUGCCGUGCCUGUAGCUUAGAAAUUGAAUGUGGCCGAUGAAUAAGAAGGGGAAGACAAACUUCACUCAUUUCUUUUCCCCGUGUUUCAAAUAAAUCAACGAGAAACAUAAAGCAAUUUUUUUUUUUUUUCGUGUGGGUUUCUUCACCAAAGUGCUUCUAUUCUAAUUAGAACAAAAAAUAAAACAUUGAUUUCGUCAAGAACAACAACAGCCAAUGAGAAACGACAACACAAUUAUUUUGUUAGUGUAUUUUUUUUUUUUUUUUUUUUCACGUGUGUGCAUACGAUAUUAUCAUUUUGGCAUUAUUCUAGAGGCGUCUUCCAUAUUUGGUUGAUGUUAAUAAUUCAUCCCGUUUUCUUUUUUUCUUUUUUUUUUUUCGCCCGUCCUAUAUACUUUUGUUUUGAUUUCAAUCACGCAAUACUUUGUGUCAAAGCGCAAUAAGGUGCAAAUAAUCGUAGUCGCCUUCCAAAAGCCCCUAAAGGCAAAAAGAGAAACGAAGUUAUAAUAUAAACCGCCCCUCCUUUCUUUGUAAUAAGAUGAACGAUGUAAUUAUGAUUGUGUAAUUAGUUCGUGAAAAAACAAAAACAAAAGAAGGGGGUCGUAGAAGUUGGAUGAAAUGUUUCUACUACUACCACUACUAAUAAUAUGGUGUAACGGGGCGUUUAAUUUCUAGGUACAAACAGGCAGGAUAAUAGAAUUUUUUUUCGCAAAUGAUGGUAUAUUCAAUUUUGUUUUCGACUUGUCCAACUUUCAAUGGCUAUCACGUUUCGUUUUUUUUUUUUUCUGUAAUUCGCCCCUUUUUUUUUUUAAUCUUUUCGGCAACGGUUGAUCAUUUUCGUGAUUCCCGCAAAAGAACAAAAAACAAAAGAGAAUCGAGAAACAUAAAAAGCUAAUUAACAAAGAGGAGAACAAGACAAAACGAAAAAAGGUUUGGCUGUUUUGGGUCAUCACAGCACACGUCAAGAUUAUCAUUAUGUUUAUUAGAUGCCAAAGUCGGAGUGGAAAUAAAGUAUAUAUACCUAGCCUAAUAAGGACCGCUAAAUAAUAUGCAAAUGUGUGUGUCUUGUUGUUGUUGUUGUAGCAUGUAUUAUUCAAAUGCCGAGUAAAAAACAAAACAAAACCGCGCGCGCCCAUCAGUAUAAUAAAACGUAUGUCUGUUUGCUAUUGUUUGUGUGUGUGUGUGUGUCUCCUUUUUCGUGUGUGUGCCCGCGAUUGUAGACAAAUUUAUUCAAAAAUUUUAAAAAUAUACAGUGCAAAAAGGAAGAAAA